AUGCUUUUCGACAGCGGCGGCCUCUCCUGCACGUUACAGCCCAACAGCACCAUCAGAGACGGGCGGGAGAGAGCAAACGAGGAGGAGGAGGAGGAGGAGGAGGAGGACGCCUCUCACAUCCACAUCACACAUGAAAGUCACCUCGCUCCAACCAGGAGGAAUCACGGCCCUGAUGGAAAGGUAACAGCCGGCCGCGGGCGCUGGCUGAGUUGCUAGGAGACAGGGAAGCAGUGCACGGUCGAAGGGAUGAGCGGACGGCUGGUGUGUUCGCUCAGACGGGGCUCGAUGACACGUACAGACAUGCUGACAGCGUACAGCGCCAUGUAAACACAUCCAGGCAUGAUGGGAAGUAUGACAGAAGAGGAGGAACCGAUACGGCGAGAGGAAACAGAAAACAGGCUGAAAAAACGCUGAUUUUAGCGUUUACAUCAGAGACGCUGUUUACAUGCUUUAACAUCACCAACUGAACCUUUAACUCUCAUCGUAGGCGGACUAUUAACCAGUGUUAGGAACGCUGUUACUUUAUUCAGUUAGUGAUAAUGUAACCUGUUGUUUUUUAAUAAAGUAACUCAGUUUCAGCCAAACGCUGCGUCACUCUGAGGUUUAACAACGGCACACAGUUCCUGUCACCUUUUAGCGAUCAAUAAAGUUUAAUUGAAUUGGAAAAACAAAGCACUCGUCACCCUCUGGCGUCACACACAUAAUCAAACGUGCGCCAUGAAGAGGACCGGACAGGUCAGGGUACGGCGUGAUGGCGAGCGAGAAGGGGAAGAUAAGUUUCUCCUUUAAUUUUCAACUGGAGAGAAAAAAGAGAAAAACGACAUUUCAGUGACGUGUAAACCGAGUCCUGGGUCAAAGAUCGUUUCCACGGCAACAGCAACAUAAAACUAGUGAAGCACCUAGAGGAGCGACACACUUCGACAAAGUUAGCAGCUAAGGUAACGCAGCAUCCACGACCGAGAGUCACAGCGGCGAGGACACGCCCACUCCACCCAAACAGCAGCGGGUGGAGUUCGAGAGGCGGACCCGAAGACAGGAGCAAACUGAUAAAACAACAACACGGUACGUUUAAUCGUCUGUUUGGAUCUUUUUCAGCGACAUCAGGCUGUUAGAGUCCAACGGUAAGAUUUAGGUGUUAGUGUCGAGGUUUGUGAUUGGACGAUUAGAUUCAGUGACGUGUCACACAAACGUUUUAAACUUUAGUCUUUAGUUUUUUCAGGUCUGAUCAGCUGAUACUGAGGCUGAAAUAAAACAUGUUUUGAUUUUUCGUGAGCCUUGUGAGGACCGAUAAUCGACCUGAUUAAUAAUCCGUCUGUCCGUCUGUCUGUGGAGGAGCCCUUCAGGUAUUCCAAGGUGAACACUAACGUGGACGGGCAGAGUCCCCGGCCUGCUGGGACGCUCGCUCAGUCCUCGCUCGGGUUUUUUAUGGUUGUCAGUAAUCAGACGGCUGCUCGCCUCUCUCCUUGACCCGCCGCUGAACCUGCCAGAGUUGACACGACUGCAGCAGAGGGAUGCUAGACGGCAAAAAAAUCAGGCAACAACGGCGGACUGUGUUCAGUCAACAGAGAGCUGCAGCUGACUCAGCCCCGCCUCCCCCCAUCGGACAGGUUGGCUCCUGUUAGGACGGCGUCCCGGGACGAUGAUGUGGUGUGUUUCCGAUGAUUUAGCGGCCUCUCCAUGUGGUGAGAGAUGCUGGGAGGACUGGGGGGCUAACUGGCCUUAUCUAAACUAUUUGAAGGGGAGGACGUGGACGCCGCCGUCUCCUCCAUUAUAUCAUUCUGUAAACACAGCUCUGUGCCACAGGUUGACGGGCUGUAUUUCAUAAAUCGGUCCAGAACAAGGCGGUCUGAUUACGGCGUGCUUACAUCAUGGCGAGAAAUCAAUCUGUUUAAUUGGUGGGCUUUUGUCAGAGAUAUUAGCUUAGGCGCUGUAUGAGACCAUUACAGUGAGGAGUGUAAAUGAAUAUGCUCUCAGCCGUCCGUUCGGCUCGCUCAGCUUGUUGCGGUGAUUUAUUGUGCUUACUAAACAUGUUUUUGCUCACUUGACCACGGCGAGGCUGACGGCGAAGAAAGGACCGGCAGAAGAAGGUGCGAGGGCGAGUGCAGCUCAUCUUCAAAGUGGUUCAUUUCAUGAUUGGAGUCCUAAUGAUGAAGACGGUCUCAUCAUCACGUGAGGCUCUGCUGUACAAUGCAGCACGGUGAUGGAGUCUGACGCGGGUAUCUACCUGACCUCUUCUGCACAAGAUCCCGUUUCCAACAAAGCACGCCGACUUUAUCUUCCUCGCCGCUCUCUCUGAAGUCACGCCGACCGUUUUAGCAUUCACGGCGAGCCCCGGCGCGGCACAAUAACAAGUGGUCUAUUCAAAUUAAAUCAGUAACGGCAUUGUCCAUAUUUCAAGCAGGUCAUGCAUUUUUAUUUAUUCAAAGAAUGAAGACAGGUCGCUUCCUCCAACAAUUAUCUCUUUUCAUUGAAAGAAUGAAUGUGCAUGUCAGGGCUUCUUUUACUCGCUUUCUUCCCAGUCUGAGCCCCCCCCUCGUCCUCGCUGCCCCCGCCAUCACCGGGCGACAGUAGAGGUCGUUAGUAGAAGAGGGAUGAUGCCAAACUUGACUGGAGUCGAGCCUUAUCUCUAUUCUUUACACUCUCGCUUUUGUUUCAAGGGCUUUGUUUACACACGCCCCAUUAAUCACCUGCUGCCUCCCCACAAACCCGCAGCAUUUAAAGUGGGCGCCGCUCGCUCGCUCUUCGCUCCUCGGGACAAUGUGCAGCUCAGGUGCCAGAGUAAAUCUCUGCCGCGCUCAGAAAAGGAAGAUGGCCGGCCCUCUGGUCACCCUCUGCUCUCAGGUUUCUCCAUUAUCUCUUCUUCUUCACUCUGCCCUUGGCCUCGAUCGCUAUCUCGACAUAUCGCUGCGGCUCGGCCUCAGAGGGCGCCGAUUAACAAACAUCCACACCUGGGCAAGAGUCCGCCUGGCCAACCGACGCCACCUGACAUCGUUUAA